GCAUGAGCAGUACAGUAACAGGCAGGAAACAGAGAAAGGCUGUUACAUACGCAUUUAUGUUUUACAGUUGGCGUGGGAAAUUGAAAACCCGGCUAAAGGCCGGAGGAACGGCAAGGAACGCUAACGUCAAGCGUAUAUAACACUUUCUAGGAUUGGCUUUCUCUGAAGUGUAAGGAAGCAAGACAAGGAUAGGCCAUGCGUCAGCGGGAAAGGAUGGCUGUUGUUCUGUACAUAAUGAAGUUGCUUUCUUGUAAAAGUUCCCGCUACUAAAAUGGUAGACAUCCUGCACAAUCUAAAAGCUCAUUAAAACAGACAUACUUACCACCAACUUACUUGCUUUCUAAUGCAACCAAAUCAUUCGUGUUUUUUAAUUGAAUCAAUGUAAAUGAAUACACUAAAGUUAAGUUUCUAUGGUGCUGGUUUGCUGCGAGAAGCGAGCGUGCGUAGUUUAAUCCAUUCUACGGAUGAUAUUCUUGUUUGCGCUCUUAUAGAGAAGAGACGGAAAUUAUGCUUCCCCUUGGCUUGAUCGCACUUAGCUCGCGGUGUAUGUGUGUUGAUGUGGAAUCCAUGUGAGGCGAAGGCGACGCACGCAUGGAAUAUGAAUAGGAUAAUUAGAAUGCAGUUGACCAUCGUCAGUGCGGAAAGCAGAGUCACAAACACACAGGCAGCAGCAGCAACAGAAUUUUCAGAGGCACGCAACGAACAUAAACAAUCCGCCAGUAAGGUUGAUCUUGCCAGUUGCAAAGUUUUGUGAGGAAUUACAACAAUAAACUAGCAGCGGCCAUAGAAUCCACCUACUCUAAGGUUGACAAGAGCGGCGAAGAACAUCAGCGUAUUGCCAACGAGAAAAAGGGCCUAUUGUUUUGUUCAUACUCACUGUACUGUUGUUUUGUUUUGGUUGCUCAAACGACUAUCGACUGCUCAAAAUACCCCAUCUUUUGAUCAAUGUUUCAAGGUUUCCUACUAAAGCAAUAUCAUCAUAAAUCCAACUAAUGUGCUGAUCAAAUGUCAAUUGUGCAGAUAAACGUGCGUUGGAGUAGCUUCUGAUCGCAUCGAUUGCUUAAAUAAUGCUCAAGCCUCAAUCUUUACCCUAUCAGACAUUCUAACAGAGCAGAACAACUAUAAAAAAACUAACAUGAAAUUGAGUGGAUGCAAAUGAAUCAACUCAACAGCUCUGUUCGAAAUAAAAAGAAAUUGAAAAAGGUGAUAUACAGUGAAGCGACGUGGAUCGUCUUAUCAGUGAAGCAAUAACUAGGUCUCCUUCACGCUCCAGAUUGCAGAGAACAGAGCGGUAGGUUACUUCCGUCAUCGUAGCUUGAUUGUGUGCACAAAGGUUUUUUGUUUUCCUGCGCGACACGGUGCAUUAGCAGAUCGAAGAGCUAGGAUAUUAAAAGUGUUGAAAUCAUCCUUUUCAAAGCUGGCUGGUAGACGCACAAGGUUUUGUGCUGUUUUGUUUUUUAACAAACUCAUCUGUAUCUGUAUCUGUGUGUUAUUUUUCUUCUGCAUAUGGUGCUUGUAGGUGUUAACCGCGAUAAUAGUAUUUCUUGUACUGUACCCACGUAUUUAAAGAAGUGAGCGCGAAAAGCAUAUCUAUUACGAACAGCUCGUAUUUAGCUGCAUGUCGUCAAGUGUUACCGAUAAAAAUAACGACCGUUUGUGUAUUCGUGUAGUGUUGGUAGCUUCUCAUAUCAUCCAUUCGUGUAAAACUGGUUGAUAAUUCUUCCUGUCCGUCGACUAAGAAGAGAAGCCGAUUACGAAACGGAAGAGUGUCAUUGUUACAGUAUAAGGUAUUUGCAAAGUGAAGUUUCUGGAUGUGUGCGUGUGUGUAAUAUAAGUUUUACUCCUGUACCAAACAGUGAUCCUGUUUCAGUAUAGGAAAAAUAUAUUCAUCUGUUUGUAGCAGUGUCUACCAAUUUGUGUGCAAAAUUGUUGCUGUUCCGUGCUACCAGUAAAAGGAGUGUUUGGAGAAAUGGUCUUAAUAUUCCUGUGAGGAUUAAGUGAGUGUUUUGAUCCUUUCAUUCGGGACAAAAAGUGUAUCUGUAUCGGAAGAAGUUGUGCAUACAUCAUCUGUAAGUGCAACGCGGAUAAAACCAGCUAGUUCACUUUUCCUAUUUGUGGAGUGAUUCAGAAUUUGAAUAGGAAUUCAUCAAUUAAUCAAGAUGCGCGAAUUCAAAGUUGUCGUCUUGGGUUCCGGAGGAGUGGGAAAGUCGGCCCUCACGGUGCAGUUCGUUUCGGGUUGCUUCAUAGAAAAAUAUGACCCUACUAUUGAGGAUUUCUAUCGAAAAGAGAUUGAGGUGGACAACUCUCCUUGUGUGUUGGAAAUUUUGGACACAGCGGGAACCGAACAGUUCGCUUCGAUGCGGGACUUAUAUAUAAAAAACGGGCAUGGCUUUAUCGUCAUGUAUUCGCUAACCAACCACCAGACAUUUCAGGAUAUUGCGAGUAUGAGAAAUGUGAUCAGUCGUGUGAAAGGUAGUCAGCCAGCACCAAUCCUCCUAGUCGCCAAUAAGCUAGAUUUAGAUUGCCAAAGAGAAGUGUCCACGGCCGAAGGUAACGCCCUUGCGGAACAGUGGGACUGUCCGUUCAUCGAAGCAUCCGCGAAAGAUCGCAUCAACGUGAACGAAGUCUUCGCUACUGUCGUCCGAGAGAUGAAUAUGACCUCCGAAAAGCGUCAAAAGAAAAGUUACUGUUGUUGUACAUUAUUAUAGAACAGGCAUUAAGUCUAAUUUUUAACCUAAUUAAUAAUAAUAAUAAUUAAUAAAAGAAAAACAAACAUCAAGACACACACUCCACAUGCGCCGGCGAACAGGAGAGUGAAGCGCUUAAACGGACGAGAAGACGAUGCGCCGGCCACAUGCAGCAAAACAAUAAACACACAAAGCUUAGAAUUAUAGCCUACUUGAUGGUGCAAAAUCUUAGGCUGUUUCCCCCACUCGAUAUCCUGUGGUGGUGCUGUGUGGCAACUGUACAGAACGAACGAUCCUCCUCAAUCUCCAGAAGAAAGCUCCACAUUCACUGUGAAUCUGUUCGAUGCUAGAGAGCGAUCGAUCGAACGAGUCUUCUAGGCUCAAGCUAUUGCUAUACAUUUCUGUCUUUUGUUUUUAACCUACGAAAAGCAGAUUUUACAAGGUUCCUCCUGGAAUGCGGCAAACCCAACGCCCAAAUGAAUGCCGUUUUGGGAUUUACAAUAGAUUAUUAUGGAGGAUGGGAAUGGGACAGGAUGGUUGCUACACCGCGCACAGGGUAAUUAUUAUAGGACUGAGGCAGGAACAGGAACCACUUGUGUAUGCGUGCGUAUGUGUGUGUAUGUGUAUUUGUUGGGCAUUUUGACUUUAUCCCGGCAACGGUGGAAAAUAGGAUGGAUGAGAAUUUUGUUUGUGGAUGUGUGGAAAAUUAUCAAAUUGUCUGCAUCAGAAUCGAAUGAAAGCAACCAAAUUUCGCGCAUACAAUAAACAGGGGGGAAUCUAAAGAAGUGAAAUAAAAUAUUACAUGUAACAGAUAAUAAUUAUUAGUAAAACUAACAACAACAGCUAUGUGUAUAUGAGGGAUGUUAAAGUGUGCGAUAAAUAGCAACAAACGGCAAAACAAUUACACAAUGCAGCGAAAGACACAACAACAAAACACACACACACACACACACACACACACACACACACACACACACACACACACACACACACACACACACACACACACACACACACACACACACACACACACACACACACCAACCUAAACCAAACCUGUAAAUCCCUACCGAAACCUCCAGUUUUUCACCUCAAUAUGAUAGCAAAUGUGGUAUAGUGUGUAUACAUUUAGAUAUAUGCUUCAGAGCGAACACAAUCCUACGGGAUUUAGUACUCGCAUGGUGUAUUCGCAUGGUUCUUAAAAGUAGCAACCCCGCCGCCGGGUGGUAGCAGAUGGAGGGAAAAAACUGGGAAAUCCGCUCUUGUAGGGAAAGCAAAAAGAGUAAAGGAAACAACGGAUGUAAUAUACACAAGUCACACGGAAGGUUCUCAAAUUUUUACAUGAUAUUUUAUGAAAAACACACACACACACACACACACACACACACACACACACACACACACACACACACACACAC